CCCGUCUCCGUGUGCCUGGGGGAUGUCUCCUGUCUCCCCGUCUCUCCCAGUCCCUGCUCCCCGGUGCCACGCUCCUCUUGUCCCCAGGUCACGGUGAGUGUGAAGAUUGAGGAGGCGGCCUCACAUGAGAUGCAGCCCACCCGGGCGCUGCAGGAGCCCGGCGAUCCCUGGCCGGAGCAGGCGCGGGCCCAAACUGCGGAUGUGCCUCUGGAGGAGGCAGCGCAGCGGGACAGCCCAGGGCCUCGGGACCAGCCACCUCGUGGCCCCAGAGAGGAGCCCAUGCCGGACCUGGAGUCAGGUGCAGGAACCACGAGCAGAGCUCAUCAGCAGCCUCCUGAAGAAGGGCCUGCAAACCUGGAGCUGCCGAGAAGUACCCCAGGGAGGCUGGGGGAGAGGGGCUCCCUGAGCCCUGAAGGGAUCCAACUGCAGCAGGGGCAGGGGAAGCUGGCAAUGCAGGUGGAGAGCACAGAGCUCCCGGAGGCCUUUGAGGACGUGGCUGUGUAUUUCACACGAGAGGAGUGGGAGCUGCUGGAAGACGCACAGAAGGGGCUUUACCGGGACCAGAUGCUGAGGAACUGGCGAGCCCUCGUUUCCCUGGGGUAUCGAGGUUCCACCCCUGACUUAAUCCACCGCAUUGCGCGAGGACAGGAGGAGCUCUGGGUCUGUGAUGAUGAGGACCGCGGGGACAUCUCGAAGUCAGAGGACCUGCUGCUAGGAGGUGCCUGGCUGGUGAGCAGAGCUGAGAAGCAAUGUCCUGAAGAAGGGCCUGCAAACCUGAAGCCACCCCAGACCCCCUCAGGGAAUUUGGGCAAGUUGGAGUCCCUGAGAUCUGAGGAAGACCAGUGGCCCAAGAGCCAGAGGAGGCCCCAAAAGCCAAGGGAGAAUAUAGCGGUGAAGCAGGGGCCAUUUUCCUUUGGGUGUGAAAGUGGAGAAAGGACCAGAGAGAUCCCUGGGCACAGGGAAGGAUAUGUGGAGCUGAGGAGCCAUGAGGCAAAGUUUUCCUGGAAAAAGACCCUACAUCAGAGCCAAGCCAGUGGGGAGGGUCUGAGAGCAGAGCAGGAGGUGCCCACCAAGCCCAGGGGCAAAACCCAUCCCUCUCCCAAAUGCCAGAAAAAAUGUAGCUGCCCCUCACAAUGGGCUGUGCCACAUAGGUGCCCUGAAUGUGGAAAGAACUUCACUCGCUCAUCCCACCUGACCUUGCACCGGCGCAUCCACAAAGUGAAGAAACCACAUCAGUGCUCUGAGUGUGGGAAGAGCUUCACCUAUUCCUCCCAUCUGGUGCGACACCAGCGCUUCCAUACAGGGCAGCAGCCAUAUCAGUGUCCUGAGUGUGGGAAGAGCUUCACCCAUUCUUCCCAUCUGGUGCGACACCAGCGCAUCCAUACAGGGGAGAAGCCGUAUCAGUGCUCUGUGUGUGGGAAGAGCUUCACCCAGUCCUACAACCUGGCCCAGCACCAACGUAUUCACACAGGUGAGAAGCCAUAUCACUGCUCUGCGUGUGGGAAGAGCUUCAACCAGUCCUCCCAUCUGGCCCAGCACCAACGUCUCCACACAGGGGACAAGCCAUAUCAGUGCUCUGUGUGUGGGAAGAGCUUCACCCAAUCUUACAACUUGGCCCAGCACCAGCGUGUUCACACGGGGGACAAGCCAUAUCAGUGCCCUGAGUGUGGGAAGAGCUUCACCUACUCCUUCAGCCUGGCCACACACCAGCGUUUACACACGGGGGAGAAACCACAUCAGUGUCCUGAGUGUGGGAAGACCUUCAUGUAUUCCUCUGUUCUGGCGCGACACCAGCGCAUCCAUACAGGGAAAAAGCCACAUCAGUGCUCUGUGUGUGGGAAGAGCUUCACUCAGUCUUCCCACCUGGCCCAGCACCAACGUAUCCACACAGGGGAGAAGCCAUAUCAGUGCUCUGAGUGUGGGAAAAGCUUCACCCAGUCCUUCAGCCUGGCCACACACCAGCGUAUGCACACAGGGCAGAAGCCAUAUCAGUGCCCUGAGUGUGGGAAGAGCUUCACCCAUUCCUCCAUUCUGGUGCGACACCAGCACAUCCAUACAAGGAAGAAGCUACAUCAGUUCUGUGGGAAGAGCUUUACCAGUUCCUCCCACCUAGCUAGGCACCACAGUAUCCACACACAGGAGAAGCCACAUCUGUGCUCUGAGUGUGGGAAGAGCUUCAUCCAAUCCUACAGUCUGGCCACACCAACGUAUUCACACAGCUGAAAUACAAGGUGCCAGAGACAUCCUGGGUAUAACACCCUGGGAUCCUGCUCCAGCACCGCCCCCUGCAUUCCCCCACACUGCCUUGGAUGGUAGCAGAGAGACAAUCCCUCUGGGACACUAGGCCAGCUGGAAAGGCAGACUGGGAGAUCUGCCUGAUUUGAGGGCACAACACUCAGCCCCUGUGCAUCUUACCAAGAACCACUCACAGCUCAAGCUGCCUCUGUCUCGUCACUACACAGAGAGACUGGACCCAGGGCAUGGUAGACACAAAUGGGUGCAAAUAAACACUAGACUUGUGUGUCUCAUUUCUCCUUUUGGUCCAGGGAAGUUUGCUACCUCUCUUGUCCAAUGCCUAAUUCCAUCCAGGUUCUCCGUGGACCUCAGCAGCACCUUGAGGCUGGGUUUGCAGUCCCUGUGGGGACCAACACCUUUAAAGGUUUCUUGAAAGACACACCUGAGUGUGGUGGUGUGGGGCCAGUGUUGCCAAGUCUUGCGAGGAAAAGAAAGUGGUAUUGCCUUUUAAAACAAAACCAAGACAAGCCCAACCCAGGUCAAAGCUAGGGGGUGGGGGGUGCUUAUCAAUCAGUGAGGCAAACAAAGUGACCCAGCCACUAAUUU